UUAAUGUGUGAUGCGUAUGUACAUGUGUGUAAGGUAACCACAACACCGAACAGAUGUUUCAGCGCGGUCAUAAAUGUGAAAUUCGGUGGCCUUAUCGCAGUGAGCGAGCUAACGGUAUUAGCCGGCAAUGACGACGAUGAACUACGAGUGCAACAGCAGCAGCCACGCAAACUAUUUCUCCAACAUAUAUGUGAAAAACAAUAGUAGCACGCAGAAGCCAGCAUCCGCCACCACAGAAGUCUCCGCUCAGCUGAUCCAGGGAAACAGCUCCAGCGGAAUGCUGGAAACAGACAUUAUGGUUGGAACCAAUAGCCAAGCCACGCCUGCACCCGAUCCGUGCCCUGUUUGCCUCCCCACCAGUGAACCGUCGGUGAAUGUGGACGAAGAUGAGUGUGAUUCGUUCCUCAUCAGCAGCUCCAGCAGUCGAAGAAGCGCCCGCAGCCGAAUGCGAAACUCCUGCUGGGUACGUGCCCACGCCUUUUUGACACGCAACUGGUACAUCAGUUUCCUGGUUCCCGCGUCCGUCCUAUGCGCUCUGCUCUUCGUGGGCUGGAUUUCGCGCGACUACGCCCGCCAACUGCUCUUUUGGAUUGAGACGCAGGACUCCUGGGUGACCUUUGCCGUUUUUAUGGCGCUCUUUACCUUUGUCAGCUUCCCCGUGGUAGUCGGCUACUUUGUGUUGCUCAUCACCGCUGGAUACCUGUUCGGUUGCCUCCGCGGCUGGCUCACAGUGAUUCUGGGCGCCAACCUGGGAAUCGCAGUCGCCCACGUCGCGAUUCGCAGCUUUCGUCAUCACAUCCCUGUACAAAAGCUAAUUAAAAAUAAGACUGGACUGGCCAUACUUCGCGUAAUAUCUGGCCCUAAAGCCUUUAAGGUAGUGCUCUUCACACGACUUACACCCAUUCCCUUCGGACUGCAGAACCUGAUUUUCGGAAUUAGCUCCGUUGGCACGAAAGACUACCACGUGGCUACAAUGCUUGGCUUGCUGCCAGCCCAGACUAUUAACGUGUACCUAGGCUCCACGCUGAGAUCCAUGCACGAAGUGCUCAACGAUAACGAGACCAAACUGACAGGCUACAUCAGCUUUGUAUUGGAGGUCAUUUGUGGCGUGGUCCUGAUGUUCUGGGUAGUGCAGAAGGCGCGAAAGGAGCUAUCUGAGACGCUUAUAUCCCUGGACUACAACAGUGACGGCAAGCAUACAGACAUAGAAGUCUAGUAGAGACAAUA